AUGCUGAGAGUUUUGUGUCUUCAUGGAAACCGCCAAACUGCAGAGAUUUUUGAGCAUCAGCUCAGUAAAAUGUGCAGUACUCUCUCUGAUAUUGCGGAGUUUGAUUUUGUAGAUGCUCCUUGUGUAGUUGGAUAUGGAAUCGAGGGUGAUGCCGUGGCUACGUGUUCAUGGUGUGAACAACAGCGGGAUCAGCAGGAUCAGGAUAAGAAACAAGAGGUAAAAGAAGAAGAAGAAAAAGAAAAUAUAGGGAUAGAAGAUCGUUAUGCCGUUGGGGAUGCUGUAGUAAGACAGUUUAUGAUUUCUGAACGUGGUCCAUAUGAUAUUAUUUUUGGUUUUUCACAGGGUUCACUAGUAGCAGCUCGCUAUGUAAUGUUACAGCAGUUACGAGAGGAGAAUACAUAUGGAUCAUCAUUGAAAGGAAUUAUUAUGGCAGCAUCACCAGAUCCACGCCUUUUAUUUCCAGAGUUAACUACAUUAUACCAAACUCAUUCUUUUUCUAACACUAAUACAAAUGGUUUUUUUGGAACACUACCUUCACUACAUAUUGUGGGGAGGAAAGAUACCAUUGUAAAUCCUACAGAGAGUUCUUCAUUUGCUGAUGCAUGUCAACCAAAUGCAGAUAUUGUUUAUCAUGAACAUGCCCAUAGUAUUCCUCAACUACAAAGUAUUAUUACCUCUGUGAGGUCGUUUCUUGAACGUUGUCUAAGUAUAGAACGGGAAAGAGUAAGUACAAUUACAAUGGGAGGUGAGGUAAUCAUUUCUGCUGAAUGUGAAGAGGAAUUAGAGAUGAUAUCAUCCAUGUAUGGUGAAGGGUGUGUGCAACGUAAUCCUAUUCCAGUGGUAUUGCUCCCAUUAUUGCUUGACUGUUCAGCUGAGGAUGAAGUGGAAAAGAAUUUGUCUGCAUUACGUUUGCGUAUAACUCUACCCCCCAAAUAUCCAGAAGAGUUACCAAAGUUAGAUGUAGUUGGGGGUCCAUCUAACCGACACGUCCUCUUUGAACGUUGGAAGGCAGAACUACUUACAAAAACUCUUGCUUACCUGCGAGAUGAUUUGGGUAUUGGAACUGCCAUGUUACUUCCUGCCAUGAUGUUUGCCAAUGAACAGGCAGGUAGUGCAAUGGAGUUUUUACGGUCUGUUUUUUCUGAAAAGUUUCAUCCAUCUAAAGCGGCUAACAAGUUAUCAACAGAUAAACAUAAUCAAGAAUACGAUAAUCAAUCAAAAGAAGAAAAAGAAGGAAAGACAAUGUGGUGGGAUGAGGAAGAGGAUGAAGAGAGACGAAUGAUACACAUUACAGAGGCUGAGCGAUUUGCCGAACACAUACUUGCAAGUAAAUCUUCUAUGGAAACAAUAGAUGAAUCAUCAUCAUCAUCACUCCCUAACGCUGAGGAUCAUCAUAAUGGUGAGAAUGAUAAUAAUAAUAAUAAUAAUGGUACCAAUAUGGAUGCUCAUUGGGAUGUUGGGCACGAUAUAUUAUCCCGCGGUGGAUUGUUAGAAUUGACGAUUGGUCUUAUUGGAAAACCAUCAGCAGGGAAGAGUACAUUCUUUAAUGCCGUAACAGACCCACAGAGCGAAUUAGCCGCCGCCCGUGUAGCCGCCUUUCCCUUCACUACCAUUACACCAAACAUUGGUGUUGGUCUCUGCCCACUGCGUUGCCCGUGUGGGGUUCUCUCCACCCCGCCUGAUGUCAACAUGUGCGAUGCGGCCUUUGGACAUGUGAUGAUCGCAGGCCUUCCCUACAGACGACGGCAAGUGAUGGUGACGGAUGUUGCUGGACUCGUGCGGGGUGCGUACGCCGGCCGUGGUCGUGGCAAUCAGUUCCUCAACGAUCUCUGCAGUGCCAACGUACUCGUGCAUGUUGUGGACGGCGCUGGCUGUACAGAUGCGGACGGUGUUGCCUGCACACCAGGCGCUGGAUCCACACAGGAUGAUAUAACGUGGGUGCGGGCCGAAGUGCAUAGUUGGAUAUACGAUAAUCUCCGAGCUCGCUGGACCACACUCCUACGGAGACCAGAGAAGUUGCGAAACAUGUUUACUGGAUACCGAAGUCCACCCUCAUUUGUCGAUGGCGUCCUGCGCAGGUUGGGGAUCGCAGAUGAGGCGGCAUUAAUACAACAGGUGCCAACGUGGGGCGCAGCGGAGUUACACCGCCUUGUUGCCCUCUACGUUCGUAUGCGAUUCCCUAUUGUGGUGGCUCUUAAUAAAGCAGAUGUGCGUCCAGAGGCGGAGACAAUCCUUCAUGAACUAAAGAAACGUUACCCACAUGAGAUGUUUGUGCCAAUGGCUGCAAAGAUGGAGUGUCAUCUUCUACGAUUACGUCAAAAGGGAAUAUUGCACUACGUAUCAGGGGAUUCCUCAUUUAAGGAGUUAAGUAGUGGCAAUACGGUGGAACCGGCAGAUGCAAAGGCAUUGGAAGAGUUAAGACAAUACUUUAAUCCAGGGACUAUUUCUUCUAUUUCUUCUUCUUAUAACUCUAACCCUACAACCAUAACAACUGGUGUACAGGAGGUGCUUGCUACGGCCCUUUCCUGUUGUCCUUCUGUCUUUGUAUAUCCUGUGGCUUCCUUCAAAUUACCACUUCCCUCACUAAAAGAGUGUUUUGUAUUUAAACAAGGAUCCACUGCUGGAGAUGUCUUUGAUUUUUUACAACACACAAACCUCUUGGACGGAAAGUUAGUGCGAUUUGAGGCGAUUAGCGUAGACGAUUUACGCAAAGGGCAUGAAGCAACACCUCUUAAAAAAGAAACCAUACUGCCAGGAAGACACGUUGUGGUUCGUGUCCUGACAAACAAGAGACAGAUGGUUUUCUGA